AGUUUUAAAAGCCUAUUUUUUAAUUCGAUUGCAUGGCACCGCAUUGGUUCGUGUGGCUACCGCACAAUGUUCCUCCACGCCAGGGGCACCAUGUUGUCCGGGAGGCCGAUGGGGUGCCGGAAGGCCCCCUCCAGGUGGAUGUCGCUCGAGUACUCCCGGUCGAAAAACGUGCACGCGGCGUGCGGGACGUCGUGGAUGUCCGCAAAGUCGUUCGUCUCCGGGCCCAGGCUGGCACGGACCGUGUAGUUGUAGAAAAAGCCCGGUGCCUCCCGCCGGUCCAGGACCUCGACGAUGUACAGGACGGACGUGUCGUAGUCCUCGUAACGGGUGGGAGACUCGAACUGGUUCAUUUCCGUUCCGAAUUCCUGGUGGACCAUCUGCCGGCCGUCGGGGAACUGCCGGACGUACAGGAAGCACGCCGGGACGACGUUCUCCGGGUAGGGAUUGGCAGCGAGGCUUUCCCCGGUUUCCAGGGGCUUGUUCUUGUACGAGUUUCGGAGAUCGAGGGCCUUGAGCGGGUGUGGCUUCCCCCUCCGGUUUUGCUUCCAGCGCUCCUCGUACGCGUCCCAUUCGGUUUGCCACGAGGUCCCGUAGUUGAUCGUGAUUUCCUCCCCCUCCUUGAUGUCCGCCUUGGCGACAACUUUCAUGACGAGUACCGUGUCCUCGACCUCGGCCAUCUGGUCGACGUCGUACGAGAAGAAUUCUCCCGGGUUGCUCAGAACGUCCCCUUCGCCCGCCCAUUCGAGCUUCGCGUUGGAGGCCUUGCUGCCGCCGUGGUUGAUCAGGGUGACCAGGGGGCCCGUGGGGACCAGGACCAUGUUGCUCUCGGGAUGCCCAAAGGCAUAGUUCAGGAGCAGCUGCUUUCCGAUCGGCCCAUUUUCCUCGUCAAAGGCUUCCUCCUCUUCGUCCACCGGAUACAUCGUCAGGAGGGUCUUGUCGGCAAUGUGGAGCAGCGGGGUAAUGGUGAUGGUCUCUCCCUUCUUAAUGUCGCGGUUGGCAAUCGCGCCCCGGCCCGCAUCCGGAAUCUUCGAAACCUCCUGCCGGAUGGUGUCGAGGCAGAACCCGUUGGUUUCGAGCCAUUCCUGCGACCGCACCAUGUCGCGGUACCGAUACAUAAAAGUUCCCCCCAUGUCCUGGAUCUGCUUGAGCUUGCGUGGGUUGGCGGGAAUCAGCGACUCGAUGGUCUUCGCGUUCGGGCCGGCUACGGUGGUCAGCACCUUUGCGAUCAGAAAAUCCAUCACGUCUUCCUGCAUAUCGAGGCUCAUGUCAGGAUGCUUUUCGUACAGGUCUACCAGCUUCUUCACCAUUUCGUCGGCGAKGUGGUAAUCGUACCGAUGGAUCUUGUCCUGGAAUACGUUUUCCGUGAAAUUCCCGUCCCAAACCUCUCCGUAGUCUGCAAAAGCAAGGUCGAGACAAAGGGCGCAGCACGGGUAAGAACAGAAAAAUGAAAAUAGUUUUUAAUUGGAGGCAGAGCCUCAACGAAGGCACAAUCAAAACUGCGGCAAGGGUCGACCUACCCGCAAAAAUUUCCAUGCCCGCCGGAAUGUUUUGCGUCGCCUUGAGGGUGGCAUUGAAAUACGGCGUCACAGCUCCCCGCGACGGACUGGCCUCGCCGGCUUUUGGGAAUUCGUCCCCUGUCUCCCGGAGCAGCAUGGACGCAUGCAGAAAAUCGGCGUUCGAGUAGGUGGAAUGGUAGUUGGCCAGGAUUCCCACGCCGGGAACAACGGCCGGCGAGCUAAAGUAGCCCUCCCACAUCGAGCCGAUUUUUUCCUGCGUCCACAUAAAGUUCUCCAUGAGAGCCAGGACCUGAGCGCCGUAGGCUCUCUGGCGCGUAAAGUCCUCAAAAAAGUCGACGAGAGGAAUGGCCAGCUCGGACAGGGGAAGGGUAGAGUUCUGCUCGUAGUUUCGACCCGCAAAGAGGCCGAAUUUCGGGAUCGUAGCGGCUUGCUCGGUGAUGUAACUGGGAGCAAUCCACAGCGGGCAAGAAUCCUCGUCGUGGCUUCCGCUCCCGGCCGAUGCGACGGGAGUUGGUGUCGUUGCCGCCAGAGAAAACACCACGAGAAGCAAUCGAGCAGCGGUCAUGGUUGUUAUUGAUUUGUUAAGGGAAGGUAUUGCAGUGCGGUCCGUUUCUUCCGUCUCGCUGAGGUAUCACAGAGAAGACCACACAAGAGAGAAGGACACAAAGAAUAAUGUCCGGAUAAUAAGUAUGGGAGUUUAGU